AUGACAAUUACUACAGUUGUAAAUUUUACAAUUCAUAGUUUAACGACUACAACGUGUUUUAAAUACACAAUCCUCAACAUCAAAUCCACUAUGAAGAGACAACAAAAUACGAUGGAGCAAUUCGACUUCGCGACUGCUUCACCACAAGAAAGCGAAUUAAAGCAAUUGAAGGUGGCGUCGACAUGGAUCAAAGUGUCAACAUAUUCUGCAAUCGAAUCAACCGAUUCGGUUGCUUUUAAACGUCGACAUGGACGACAUAUACUGCAAUGCGAAUCAAGUGAUUCGGUGUCUUUUAAACGUCGACGUACUCUGCAAUCGAAUCAAGCGAUUCG